GUUGUUCAAAAUAUAAUUGAAAUAGUCCCAAAAAGAUAUUGUCUAAACAAAUUUAUUAAAGAAAGACUAACCGCUGCCCAAUCUUUCCUUCCAAGAUAAAAUAUAUAAAAAAAAAUUAUUUUACGUUUGUAUUUUGGUAUUGUUGUCCAAAUCCAGGAAGUUACAGAUCAUUUCAGUUGUAGUUCCAGGGAAUAGCAGGCCUCUAUAUAUAAAAACGCCUUCACUAUCUUCCAGUUGACCACGUCUCUCCCUAUCUUUCUUACAAGGGGCUAAAUUGAAUGGAGACUGAUCAGCCUGCACCGGAAAACCCAAACCAGGUAUCCUCCGAUGAACAAGGAACAAGCCCUGCAGCUGCAAGGUCCUAUGACUGCACUUUUUGCAAGAGAGGUUUCUCCAAUUCACAAGCCCUGGGAGGCCACAUGAAUAUUCAUCGUAGAGACAAAGCCAAGUCCAAACAAGCUUCACCAACUGAAACUACUCAACAAUCUUUGGACAUCCCUAUGAUUAUCCCCUCGUAUUCUCCGAAUCAUCGGAGCUCCACAACACAGCCUAUAGCGGAUUCUAAGUCUAGUCAAGAAAGAAAUAGUCCCGGAAAGUGGCCUUGGGUUAUUCAGGAUGAUGAUGUUAAAGAAAGAGACAAAACCUGCCUUGUUGGAUCAGAAAUCAGGCAACUGCCUUUGUUUGAUAAAAAACCAUCAAUAACAGAUCAAAAUCCAAGCAGUCAAGUUCAAGGGGGCAGUGAAAAAGGCUUGUCGUCAAGGCAGGGCUCAUCAGGGUCGGAGUUGGACCUUGAACUUAGACUGGGUUCUGAACCUCAGGAUUCAUCGCCAACAAUGACUACCAUAAAGUUCUUUUAACUUCAAAAAAAUAUCAUGUUUCUCCAGUAC